AUGUACAAGUACAUGAGCAACUCCUAUUCUCUCGCUCAAAUAACCUCUGGAAGUGAGCUCUAUCUAACCUCGUCGUACUAUUCCAAAAACGGCGAGUAUGGCUAUGCUAAGGUGAUGCAGAUCAUUGAGUUCCAUUCCACAGAUCGUGUGGGGGAAGCGAUUGGGGAGGCGGUUCCAAUCUGUAUCAGGGUGGAAGUGUGGAGAUUUGUGAACUUGGUAUCACGAGUUGCUCCGAGGGCGGAAAAGCUUGGAGAUUGGAUCUUGGAUUUGAUGGCAGCGGUUGACAGGGGAGGACGUGAGGUUGAAGUUCCGGGGGAAGAAGCAUAUUAUAAGGUCAGAACUAUUUACUUUAACUAUUGCGUUACGUUAAUAUUAAUCUUGACAUGGCAACCAAGCGUCUAU